CAACCAUACAUUUAAAAAACUGCACGACCGUAAUGUGUUUAAAAUAUGGAGAAUAUAUAGGAGUAAUAAUUUAACAUUAGACGUAGCUGAUGGAAGAAAAGAAGCCCAACAUGGCAAAUAUCAAUUUCUGAGUGCAAUUGAUUGACACGGAAAGGAAUCAGAUUCCUUAGAGCACGAGUAGGGGUUGUUGGUGCCGUACAAGGUCUCUUGGAGUGGUCAAAAAGUUACAUAUCACUGUUCCUCUAAACAAAGUUAUGCAACUUUCUUCAAACCACUGCUAUUGGUGCCAUAAGAAGGAUCAAAAUUCUGAUCUUGUUAGCAUAGUUUUCAAUUGUGACCAAACAACUGAAACUUUUUUCUAUGGGACUCACACCGCUCAAACCACUUAUCCUCAAAGGUGGUGUUCCCUUGGCUGCAUCUUUGGCUGGUUUGAUCUAUGCAUGGAUCAUUGCAAAGAAAACCUGGUCUACCAAAGUUUCCUCUUUACCACAAAACGAGUGUGAUGAUUCUCCAAAAACCAAACAUGAAGAAAGUUUUAACAACCUUUCUUUUGUGGAAGAUGAAGAUUCAUCUAGCAGUGUUCUUUCUGGGAGCUUGGUGAUCCAUGAAAACAACAACAACCCUUGUUUGGAGAAAGAGAUCAUCACUUGCCUCAGAACACAAGUUGAGGGUCUUCAAAUGAGGGAAUUGGCCUUGCGUUUGCAAUUUGAGUUGUACUGUGAAAUGAAGGAGCAAGAGUCUCUUCUUGCUGAAGUGAAGAACAAGUUGUCUUUGGAGAAUGAUCGUGUUGAGAUCUUGAGUAAAGAGAUUUCGUCCAUAGAGACCGAGACCAUGAGGUUGGAGAGUUUUGUGGUGCAAUACACGAUGGUUGUUGAGCAACUUGAGUAUUGGAAAUCGCAGAAUAGGGUGCUACAAAGGAGGGUGCAGAAGCUGGUUAGGGAAGUGAAGGCCAAAUCAAGGUUGAUAAAGGGUCAGGCUUUGAAGAUCAAAGAGAAAGAAGAAGAAAUAUUGAGAAACAAUGAUGAGUUGCAAACAAGGGUCAGUGUGAUCAACAAGUUAGAGGAUGAAGUGAAAGAGCUACAAAGGGUUUUGGAUCAAUUAGAGGAUGAGAAGAAUGAGGUUUUGAAGAAGCUUGAAACAGCAGAAGAAUAUGCAUCUCCGUUACACAAGGAAAAAAUUCAUAGAAAGCCUUUGAAAUAUUACUUGGAGGUUGAAUCAGGUGGUGUGAGUAAGGAGGAUUACAACAAGGUUCUCAAUGAAUUGGAAGAGGUCAAGAAGGAACGUGCAAAUGAAGUUGAAGAGUUGGUUCAUUUGAGGAGUAUCAAUGCUUGCUUAAGGGAGGAGUUAGUGAGGUACUAUGAGGAACAUCAAGAGCAUGUUGAGGUGGAAUUUGAAGGAAGCUUAGGAGUUGUGCAGAGUGAGUCAGAGCAUGAAUUGCAUCAUUCCCUUUUGGAGCAUCACACUGGUUCAGCUCAUGGUGAUUCCAAAAGGAGAAAGUUGCUCAAGAGGCUAAAGAGGUGGGUUGAAGGAGGUGAAAAGGUAAGAGUGAAGCCUGAAAUUAAGGGCAUUGAUGAAGGGCAUCCUGUUUCCGAUGGAUCAAACAAACAUGUAGUUCUUGCAAAUUCAAGGUUCUGCUCUAGUGCUUGAAUCAAAAUGCCACACCAAAUCGUCGCCAGCAAAAUGUCAAUAUUAGACCAUGCUGAUAAAUGAUAAUAAAACAAAACAUGGAUGCAGUCUCAAGUAUUUUUUAAGUUGUUUUUCAAUCAAAAUUCUAAGAUUGAAAAAUAACCUAAAAAAUACUAAAAGAACUGUAUCCAAGUUUUUUUAUAGCUAAUGAUACUAGGCAAUAAAGAAACUUGGAUGUUGGUAUAGAAGCAGUGACACUGCAGUUGCUGAAAAAUAAAUGGUGAUGCCAUUAUUUCAAAAUAAUUUGUACAAUUCUGCAAGGCAUGGAGACUUUAUUAAAUAAUGAGUCGUUUUCUUUAAUUA